AUUUUAAAUAUAGGCAUGGAACGAGGCGCGGUGGCUCCAUCGUGGCCGCGGGCUGCGCGUAAAAGUGAGUGGCUGCGCGGCACCCUGGCCCACUACCACUGCCCUGAUCCCAGCGUGGAGAACGAAAUCGUCGUCUUGGCCACCGGGAUAGACCAAUACUUGCAGGAGGUUUUCCACCACCUGGCCUACACCAACCAGGACGACACGGUGUCGGCGGAGGAUUUCACUGCGCUCUGCUCCGUGCUGGGGCUCACCGGAGAGGAAGCGGGAGAGAGCAGGAGGAGAGGAGGACCUGGAGAUGGAGAGGAGAAGGAAAAUGAUGAGGAGUUUAGGGAUGUGUGUUCGGGACUUCCUUGUGAGUUGUCCUUUAAAGACUUCCAUUCCCGGCUCUGUGGGUAUUUCCGUGUGCGCAGCGCGCGUAAAGCCACCGGGGAGAGCGCUUGGCGCUUGCCCGUCACCGAGCAGACCGAGCUGGUGGAGCGCCAGAUACGACUCCGGUGGCCACGCGUCCGGCGACGAAAGUGUGUCAGUUUCGACAUGACAAAGGAGCAAACCGGCCUGGGGAACAAAAGUGCUAAAAGUAGAAUCGGUGCUGGAGACUACGAGACAGAAGAGGCAGCAGCUCUCAGGGAGUUGGUAGAGGACCUCCGCUCAGCACUGCAGGGGAGUGAUGCUCGUUGCUUGGCCCUGGAGGUCGCACUCCAACGGGAGAGGAACCGCAGCCCCCCAGUUCCUUCUGGCCUUGACACCACGGUAACUCCCAGUUCCCUCAUGCUGGGAAAACUGGCAGCAACAAACAGAGUGAAGGGACAGAGGAGUGUAGCAGAAGGAGGAGAUGGGGUGAGGAAGGCAACCAAGAGGCGGGACAGCAGGGAUCCCCUCCUCAGGGAGCUGAAGCUGAUCCGCUCCUCACGUGACGGCCAGCUGGAGGAGGCGAUGAAGUUCAAUCGGCGGCUGGAGGAGGAGCUGAGUUGGGCCUAUCAGCAGGCUCGCAGGCUUGAAGGAGUGGAGUCUGCGCUGCGGAAGGAGAACACUCAAAUCAGGAGGCGAGCAGAGGAGGCCAGGGAGGCUCUGAGGCUCGGUUUGCAGAGAGUUCGGCUGAUCCAGGAGCAGGCUCAGUCUGUCCCAGAGCUCCAGACCAGGAUCACCCAGCUGGAGGCUGAACUGCAUCGGUACAGAUCCUGCUGCACCUGCAUCCCUGACCCCGCCCAUCAAUCUCGCUACCCAAUGGGAGCAGACGACACCUGCAGCAAGACAGAUGAAGAGUGUCUGCAAAGAGCAGUGGAGGGAAGAGCUGCAUCUGAUGAAGAGGAGGAGGACAGGGGGAAGAAGAGGGAGGAAGGUCAACACUGCCUGUUGGAGGUGAAGAAGCUCAUCAGCCGACUGCAUGGCUGUGGCAAAGGAUGUCAGAAGCCUGGCGUCCACCAUCUUCUCUCUCAGGGUCAUCUGCAUGAUAAAAACCGCAUCAGCACUUCUCUGGACAGCAGGGGGCGCUGCAGCUGGAGGGGAGAGAACCAAACCCAGCCAGAAGUCACCAACAGAGCCUUUGAACUGGAGAAGAGGCCGGAGGAGGAGGCCAGGCUGGAGGACCAAGAGAGGAGGUGUCUCACCCUGCUGGAGGAGACACUGACAGAUGCCCUCACACUCCUGCUGCAGCUCCGCAACAAGAAUGAAUCUUGCAGGGCUCUGGGGAGGAUCCUGAUGGACACUCUGGAUAUGUGCAGCAGGAGUGGACAUGGUCCGUCGCAGGUCCUGCAGGUGGCCGAUGCACUCUGUGUCCAGCUGUCCUCCAGUGAUCUGCUUAGAGACCAAGCUGACGAUGAAGGCGCAAAGAGGACAGAGAAGCACCUGGCUCCGUCUGCAAGCCGCCAAACCAGCAGCAUCAACCCUCUGCUCAUCUCCUGCUAAUAAACCUACUAUCCGGGCUUAGCCAUUUGCCACUAAUGAAGCACUUAUCCUGUACUGUAGAUCACCUUGACACUAUACACUGCAAGGACCAAUCACUGUAUUUAUCCUGGGCCUUUUUGCACCCAUGCAUACA